GCCAAGGCGCCCCUCCCUCGCCGCCGCUACGUCCACCCGACGCUAGCGUCGCGUCGCACCAUGCCCACCUGUGCAGCCCACCAGCUCAACCCAACCCACAGCGACAAUUGAUUUUGCCGUGUCUCGCAAAGAGUGGCGGCCUGAAGAAAACGCCUGCCAUCCGCCGUUGGCCAACAACACCGGAUUCUUUGCCUGCUUUUGCGCCUUUCUUUGCCAGCGCAGGCCGCACAUAUUGCUCCCGACGCCAACCAGCGCCCCUCGUUGAACCUCCCGCCUCUUCAGCCGCCUCGCACCCCAGCCUUGCGACUACCGCUGUCCGUCCGUGGCCCUGCCCAACUCACUGCCGUCGGCACUUCUCGCCCCUCGGUUCGCCAUCGCUGCCCUCAAUCAUUCGACACACCCCUGAGCCAGCGCCCGUCGAAAUCGCAUCAGCCAACCGCUUCCGAACGACCCUCCCGCGAAAGCCGAGCCGGGCCCAGAAAUACACACCGCAAAUACACCUCCCCAAGCCCACCGCGAGCCAUUGCCACGACCGGCCGUCUUCGUCCAGGGCUGGGUCCCAGAACCCAUGCGGCUUCGCACCGGCGCUACCAGCCGCAGAGCCCAUUGGGGCUGACAUUGGGCCGCGUCGCCCUUGACCGCCGACCCGAGCCUCGUACUCCUCUCGAUAAACCGCCCCGAGCGGCCAUUGUUGGCCCGCCAUGUAUCAAACGGGGCAGAAGGACCCUUCGCGGCCCUUCCAGGUGCCUCCGCCGCCGCCGCCCAUGUCGCCGCCGAAUCCCGGGAUGCAGGGCCACAUGAACUUCCCGCCGCCCCCUCCGCUGCCCCGGUACCAGACCGCCCCUCUGAUGCAGCAGGGCAACCCGCUGCCGCCACCUCCCGGGCCUCCCCCGGGCAGCGCCAUGACCCAACAGGCCCCGUGGCAUGGCUCCUGGGGCGUCGCCGCCGCCGCCCGUCCGCAAUACGACAACCGGGGCAAUCACAUGUUCCCCCCGCCACCUCCCCAGCAGUACAACCCCCAGGCCCAUGCGAACGCUAACGGCAUGAUGAUCCCGCCCCCGCCCCCGCAGAGCGAUCUCACCAUGUCUGCUACCUACAUGCCUGGCGGCGACUCGUUUGGAGAGGACGUUGGUAUCCCGGGGCUGGGGGGCUUCCCCGUCGAUGCGCAGGCAUUGGCGGCCAUCCAGUCCAGUUGGCAGACCCCAACGUCGGGGCAGCCGAGUGAUAGUCUGCAAAUACAACAACAGCAGCAACAGCAGCAGCAACAGCUACAGCUCCAGCAGCAACAACAACAGCAGCAGCAGCAGCAGCAGCAGCAGCAGCAGCAGCAGCAGCCGCAGCAACAAUUUUCAAACACGCCGCAGCUGAACAAAUCCCCGGACGAGCAAAAGCUCUACUCAGGCUUAUCUAAUGCAUCAACCAGCACCAACGUGCCGGGUAUUCCGAGCGACAUGACAGCAUCGUGGACUCUCGACCGCGUCCUGGGCUGGCUACAGGUUAAUGACUUUUCCAAGGACUGGCAGGACACGUUCAAAGCCCUCAACAUCCACGGGGCCCAGUUUCUUGAGCUCGGGAGCGGCCAUGGUGGGCGUGGGAACUUUGGCAUGAUGCAUCAGCAAGUCUACCCAAACCUCGCCAAGGUCUGUACGGCCAGUGGCACGGGCUGGGACCAGCCACGAGAGCGUGAGGAGGGCAAGCGGAUGAGGCGCCUGAUCCGCAACUUGGUUCAGAUGCGCGCCACUCCCGAGACUUCGCGAAUGCCCGGUCGCCAGGAGUCGGGCUCUAUGCGCCUUGAUGUCAAUGGCGGGGGGACGGAUGGCAGCGACUCGCCGAAUACUCCUAUCAUCAAAGCUCCAGGCCCAGGCUUCUCGGGCCGACGGUUUUCACAGACUAGAUCCACCACGAUGCCCACGUCCAGCGGCAACACCGCAGGUAUGGAUGCUAAUCACAGAGCAAUGCUGAAAAAUAUCGAUGUGGAUGGAAGUCGGCGCAACAGCCCAGGACUCAACGGGCAGAGCCCGAACGGCAGCCCGAACCUCGGCUUCGCGUCCUCGACGCCAAAUCUGCCGGCCUUGUCGGUCUCCCCCAGCAGCACUCGGUUCGGGCACCGCUCCAGGAAUAGCACCGAGUCUGUGUCUUCCAGCGCAGCCAUCUAUGGUUCGGGCGUGCCUGUCGAAGCCACUAAUAUAAUGCGCAAUGGAAACAUUGACGAGCUGCUAAACACCAGCCGCCGCCAGGGCCAGGAUGGAAAUCGGCCAUCACCCCAGGAGCCUGGGGAUAGGUCAGCCGGCGCCGACACACCACACAGCGCCAAGGACGGGAAGCACAUGUUCUCCUUCUUAUCCAGGAAAAAGAGACAAAACCACGACGGCUCAUUCCCUUCGCCCGAGGACAUGGAUUCACCUACCAGCCCCAACCUCAGUAUCAAGCAUCCUGGCAAAUGGAACAACUCCAGCGACAUGUCGCUCGAUCAGCGCCCAAGCUCCAGUUUCGCCCAGCAGCCGCCACCGCACGCGCCAUCUUUCCUCCAGUUCAAGAAGCCCGGCAACAGGAUCUUUGCUCUGGCGACGGUCGACUACUGGAACUACCGUAUGAUUGACGUGUCGGAUGUGGAUACUGCCUUCGACCUGAGGUCACUGAUAAACGUGAAUCUUGGCAUUCCGGACGAGGACGGGGUCGAGAUCCACCUCACGGAGCUGGGAAAAUCGGAUCACAACCAACCCCUGACUGAUGACAAGCUGAUGACCAACAUGAGAAUGAAGGCCGACUCUGACGGCACCCUGAAACUUUUCAUCAGGGGCCCUACAUUCGCAACCCCGGCGCUGUCUCAGCGCUCGACGCUGUCGCCGUGGGCUAUGCCCUCGAGUGUUCCUGUCGAUGAGGACGGAUACGGACAGGCGGAUGGCCAGCGGCCGAGAUCCAGUUCGUCGCCGCCGACAUCACGGCACAACACCAUAAGCGGUGGGGGCUCCGACUCCAGCGAAGCCCUGGCGGCGGCCGCAGAGAAGUACCAAGCCGAGGUGCAAAGGAAACAGCAGGAAUACUUGGAGAAACGAAGGAAUGUUGACUUUGACCAACGCCGUGACUCUCCCUACGAGGAUAAAAGUCCCGAGAAGCUCUUCCCUCAGCGCAAGGCGCCCGCACCGCCGGGAGACCCCUCGGCGACUCUCCUCAAAGCCAAUUCGCUCAGCAGGAAGACGGGGCAGAGGAUGCACUCGGUGCAUGGGAGCCAUGAUGGGUAUCCGACCCCACGCAGACCUUCGACGUCUACGAACAUGUCGGCGUCGGGGGCGCCGGGCGUCUCCCCUGCCACGUCGCCAUCGGAGAUGUCGGAGAUGGGUCGCAAGAGGUCGCCAAUGACAUCAGGACAGCCAUCGGGCGGCAUCGCCUCGGCAUUAGUCGACAUGGGAAGGGGGCUGGGUGGAAUCGGCCACCCUACCAGGGGACCAGCAAAGAACAGCAGCGGCCGCGCGCUGUCUCCCAACCGCAUCGCAUCGGCACCAGGGCCUGGUGGUGGAGAUUCUCGAGCUUCCUUUGCGCGUUCCUCUUCUCCGGGAGACCUCAGCCCCGGAUCAAGGCCCUCGGCCAACUUCGCCGCGGACCCGCCGACGCCUCGCGGGGCCCGCGCGCCGUCCACACGCGCCCCGGUGUCGGCUCCUCAUCCGGCGUCAUCGUCUCCGGCCUCAAGGAGAAAGUCCCACGGACCCGACGUCGACUUUACCGAUACCGACGUCAGCUUCACUCGGCCGACCCCAUCCUCGAGCUCACAGAACCACGCGCAACCGGACGACAAUUCUGACGACGAUUCCGACGACGGCCUCUUUGCCAUCCCCAUCUCCCAGCCCGUCGAGCCAACCAAGAGCAAGCGGAAGACACGGAACUCAGUCGCGUUCCUCGAUUCCGACUCGGGAGAGGACGGAAGCGCACUUGGUAAGCGGCCCAGCCUGACGGUAAACACCAGCAAGAGCCGGAAGCACCUUUCCGUCUCCUUCACGUCGCCAAAGUCUGCUGCCGGCCAAGACAGGGACGAUGACAGGGCAGGGAGGAACUCCAAGUGGGAGGCGGAGGAGGGCGGUGGGCUCAGCCGGCGCAAGUCGUUCAAGAUGGACGUCUGGGCAAAUCGCCCGCCUGCCGAGGCGCUUAUCAACAACCUGGAGGACUUCUUCCCGGGCAUGGACGUGGACCAGCCGGUGCUCGAGGAGGGCGAGGCGGAUGCGGACCAGGACGCGGCACCCGUUGCACCCUCACCCAUCAUUGAAGUGGACGAGUCGCAGUCGCCCAAUAUGGCGUCGCAGCAGACCCGCCACGGCAACCUGGCAGCUCUCCCCACCUCCAGGGUGCCGUCCAUGUACAGCGAGAGCGACACUCUGGGAUCGGACGAGUCGACGCUCAAGGCUUUGGAACGGCCGGCGAGCUACCAGAACCUGGCGCAGCGCAGCGUGCGGCGAUCUGGUGGGCUGGGACGGAUGAAGUCGAUCCGCGAGAAGGCUAGGGGCGCUCACGAGGCGAACAAACGGUUCACGCAGACGUCGCAGGCGAUGCUGGGGUCCUCGUCGGCGGCGGCGGGUCAGGCCAGCGCUGGCGGAGGGUCGUCGACGCUGUUGCGACGCAAGUCGACCAAGAUGUUCAACGCCAACAUUGUGCAGAUCCGGCCGACGCGGGACUCGAUGCUGGUGCCCGAGAUACCGCAGGACACGCUCUCGCGCGCGCCCAAGCGGCAGACGACGUUCCGGUGGUUCAAGGGCCAGCUGAUCGGCAAGGGAACGUACGGCCGUGUGUACCUCGGUAUGAACGCGACGACGGGCGAGUUCCUGGCUGUGAAGGAGGUCGAGGUGAACCCCAAGGCGGCGGCGGGCGACAAGAAGCGCAUGAAGGAGCUGGUGGCGGCGCUGGACCAGGAGAUCGACACGAUGCAGCACCUGGACCACGUCAACAUUGUGCAGUACCUGGGAUGCGAGCGCAAGGAGACGAGUAUCUCAAUCUUCCUCGAGUACAUUUCGGGUGGCUCCAUCGGCUCGUGUCUGCGCAAGAACGGCAAGUUCGAGGAGGCAGUGGUGCAGUCGCUGACGCGGCAGACGCUGUCGGGGCUGGCAUACCUGCACCGCGAGGGCAUCCUGCACCGAGACCUCAAGGCCGACAACAUCCUGCUCGACGUCGACGGCACCGCCAAGAUCUCCGACUUUGGCAUCUCCAAGAAGACAGACAACAUCUACGGUAACGACAAGACCAACUCGAUGCAGGGCUCCGUCUUCUGGAUGGCGCCCGAGGUCAUCCGGUCCGAGGGCGCGGGCUACUCGGCCAAGGUGGAUAUCUGGUCGCUCGGCUGCGUCGUGCUCGAGAUGUUUGCGGGUCGCCGUCCGUGGGCCAAGGAGGAGGCCGUCGGUGCCAUCUACAAGAUCGCCAACGGCGAGAUCCCGCCCAUUCCCGAGGACGUUCAGCACACCAUUGGCCCCACUGCCGUCGCCUUUAUGUACGACUGCUUCACAGUAAACCCCGACGAGCGACCCACGGCGAACCGACUGCUUUCGCAACAUCCCUUCUGCGAGCUGGACCCCAACUACAACUUCCUCGACUCGGAACUCUACGCCAAGAUCAGGGGGACGUACUGAUUCGAUCCAGGCCGCGUCGCAAACGAAUUCCCUCCCAUAUGAGACCAUCUACGCAACAUCUUGACUACCCUAAUGGUGUGCGCGCACAUGGUGAAUUUCGCUGCCGCAGCCCGAAGAAGAGGGAUUUGCACCGUAUCUCACCUGUAACAAGGACACUACAGUGUCCCCUAGUGACUCCUGGGACUACUCUUCUUUUUACCAUACUCUUACUACUGCCACAUAUUUCUAUUACUAGAUACUGCUCAAGACAGUCUGGGUUCAUGUCUUGUGCUGUUCAAGAUGGCCGGAUUCAUUUCAAGGAGACACGGGAAAAUUGGACGAGCACGCGGGCCACAUUUCAUCACCAUGAAGCGAAUUCAACGCCGCAUCUUUGCAGACAUGCCUUGUCGAGCCAUAGCGUUGCUGUUUUGCUAUUGUCUAAACCCAAAGUUUUUGGAAACGUUCUGGAUUUUCCACGUUUGUAGUGACUGUCCUAUUUACAAAAUCAUUAUCGCGCCG